CAUAACAUUUCCUCUGUAGGUCACUGCUGGUCCUGAUCUAACAGGCAAUUGUACUGUGUGUCUGUCCAUGGUAUUAUACUCAGAAGGUUGCGGCAGCAAAGAAGUAGAUAUGGAGGAUGAGGACGGAUACACCAUUUUAAAUUUUCAUUCUAAGAAUCCAGCCUUCACCCAUGAACCUUCAGGAACAAACAAAGAGUCCAUCCCUUUGCCUUCCAAAUGGCGAUGCACAGCACUGAUUUUGGGGAUCCUCUGCCUGCUAUUGCUGGUAAUUGCAGGGAUCUUGGGUAUCCAGGGCCACAAAUGCAGCCUUUGCCCAGAAAAUUGGUUCUUGUAUGGGGAAGUCUGUUACCACCUCUCAACUGAAUGGAAAACGUGGCAAGGAAGUAAAGAUUAUUGUUCUUCUCAUGACUCCAGACUUCUUAAGAUAGAAAACAAGGAAGAACUGGAUUUCAUAGUAUCAUUGUCAUGUCGCAUGUGGAUUGGAUUAUCCCGUAAUGCAGUCAAUGGGACCUGGGUGUGGGAGGAUGGUGCAGCACCUCCCACUGACCUGUUUCAAGUCAGUGAAAAGUACUAUGAAGGGGACUGUGUGGUUUUGGAAGAUGGUAAAGCCCAGUCCUAUGGUUGCAUACAUCAUAAUCGUUGUGUUUGUAAGAAAAAAGUGCUUAGUUGGAAUCUGUUUAACUAGCACAAGAAGAAACCUAGAAAAGAUGGAAUCAUACUCUAGCAAGUCCUCUGCAGAAAGAGAAAUCUUGGAAUAAUCAAUGUCCCUAAAUUUUGAUUGAGACACUAAUUUACAACAGCUGAGGAUCUUGCCCGAUGUUUACUAUUAGUAUAAUUUACCUUUAUUUCUUCCUUCUUUACUUUGGUCACAGAAAAACUGUUGAUGAGUUUGUUAUGGAAGGAAACAGGACUUGGCCAUUCAAAGUGAGGAACAGUUUAUGGGGAUAAAUAUCACUCAUUUGGAACAUAAACCAGCCAGUCAGGGUGGUCAGUUCAAGUGGCUGAGGAAUCUUUUAGAUUAAUGAGAGCAAACGUGUCAAGUGGUUAGAGCAAUGGAAAGGGUUCCAUUUCCUGCUCUGCCACUUUCUCAUGGCCUUAAGAAAAUGAUUUAAUUCUGUGCUUCAUCUUCAAAAUGGGGAUACAUUAUAUUAAUGCUAAACGCUGUAUAAACAUACCACAGAAAGGGACCUGCUGGCUCAAAAGGAUCUAGCUAAGAUUGGAUUUCCCCUUCAGGGAAUAGGGAACAUAUAAUAUAAACCCCUUCUUUACCUCUCCCUCUGGAGAGGAGGGGUGCCAGCAUUGGGACAGAUCUCCUUUUAGAGAGGAGGAAGUGGUUAAGGAGCUCCUGUCUGGAACAAUUCUUUUCACCCCAACAAUUCUUUUUCACCCCAACCCCAGUGCGGUUGCUGCUUCUAAAUGAAGAUAGGUCACAGCCGAUUUGCCUCACCAGGUGGAAAGAAUUAUUUAACUCAUGUGACUAAACCCAGCCUCUGGAUAGUCAAAGGGGGACUGUGAAGGUUCCUGCAGUGAUCCCUGAGGAAGGGAGUUGGGGCUUGGUAGUAAGGCUCAUCUGGAAGUUUUGUUUUCCUUUCUGGAAGAAGGCAGGCCAGGCCAUGAAUCUUCUUCAGCAGCUCAGAGGAAGAGAGAGUAUUUCAGAGAAGAGGGGUUGUGUCCAUCUUAAGGUUGGGUGGUAGACUUUUUGGGUUUAUUUGGAAUUUUAUGUUAAUAAAACCAGACCCCAGGAAGGGGUUGUUGGACUUGU